AUGAAGAAAUUGUUGCAAAAGAAAUUUUUACCUACUCAUUAUAGGCAGGAGGCAUUUAUUGAGUAUCACAACAUUAAGCAGCGAGAUUUAACGGUCGAGCAGUAUACCGAGGAGUUUGAUCAUUUGCGGAUGCGUUGUGAUGUGGCUGAGGAAGACGAGCAAACAAUUGCUCGAUAUUUGGCAGGCUUGCGGUAUGAAAUUUCUGAUGUUGUCCAAUUACAGCAAUAUUGGACCUAUGAGGAUGUGUGCAGGUUGGCCUUGAAGGUGGAAGGUCAGUGUAAAAGGAAGAACGUGAAUUCCAAAUUUCAGAAUCGUUGGUCAGGCAAAGAAUCCCGAGGAAAAGCGGGAACAUCUGCAGCAAAUUCGACACCAGUCACAGUUAAGGAUGUGAGUUCUAAACCUACAUCCAAGGAGGGGCAGAGUAGUGCUGGAACUAGCAUGGGAGGAACUGCAAUCAAGCGGUGUUUCAAGUGUCCAGUUUAUGAUGAAUCUGAAGGCGAAGAAGAGGAUGCGGAUGUAGAACAGGAAGGGAUUAUCUAUGCUGAUUCUGGUCCUUCAGAUUUGAGAAAGGAAGUGAAGAAUAAUCUGCUGUCCAGGUCAGAAUUUCAAGAAGAGGCAGUGAACGCGUCUGGGCUUUUUGCCAUUGUAGUGAUGGAGCGGAAUUAUGACAGUCCCGAAAUUCCUACCCAAAUUAUGCCCUUGCUUGAGGAGUUUGCUGAUGUCGUACCGGAAGAGAUGCCACCUGGGUUGCCGCCCAUGAGAGACAUUCAGUAUUGUAUUGACUUUAUUCCGGGAGCUGUUAUUCUUCAUAAGGCAGCUUACAGAAUGAGUCCUAAGGAACAUGAGGAACUGCAGAGACAAGUGCAGGAGCUGUUAGAGAAAGGCGCAAUUCGAGAGAGCAUGAGUCCCUGUGUAGUGCCGGCCUUACUGGUUCCUAAGAAAGAUGGGUCGUGGAGGAUGUGCAUAGAUAGCAGAGCUGUUAACAAAAUUACAAUCAAGUAUCGAUUCCCUAUUCCACGAUUUGAUGAUUUGAUUGAUCAGUUACAUGGGGCGGUUAUCUUUUCGAAGAUAGACUUGAGGAGUGGUUAUCAUCAGAUUAGGAUGCGACCUGGAGAUGAGUGGAAGACGGCGUUUAAGAUUAGAGAUGGUCUGUAUGAGUAG